AUGGUCCGAAAAAGAAGAUGCCUGAAGAGGAAGAACCCGUUUCCUUCGGCGAUGGAUCUAAUAAAUUCCCAUAGUACAAAUCAUAGAUGUGUAUUUUGCGAAAAUGCACACGAAAGCAGCCAUUGCUUCAAGGCUCAGAAGUUGACUUAUGACCAGAGAGUGAAUAUUUUGACAGAGAAAGGUGCUUGCUUCCACUGUUUGAAAAUUGGACACCAAUCUCGAAGAUGCCGUGGUCAAUUAAGUUGCUUACUUUGUCGCAAACCACAUGUGCCCCUAAUGUGCAGAGAACUUUCGAUGGACAAGGCAAAAAACGAAGAGAAAAAUAAGAUAGAGAAUGAUGGUCAAGCUUUGCCGAAAAUAAAUCAGUCAUUGGCCAAUAGUGCUACUACUAAUGUCUUUUUGCAAACUUUGCGCGUCAAAAUGAACCACUUAGGCAAAAAGCGAGUUGUACGCGCCUUAAUAGAUACCGGAUCUCAAAAGACGUAUAUUCUGAGAUCCACUGCUAGAUUAUUGGAUUAUCCAUGUAAACGACAGAUUAACCUUGUACAUGGAUUAUUCGGAGGUAGCGAGCUAGCACAAAAACAUGAUUGUUAUGACGUUAGCUUGAGUUAUAAUAACUACAGUUGCACAUUUAAAGCACUAGAACAGCCCAUGGAAGAACUGAAGAGGCUGAAUAUAGAGAUAACAGAUUCCGGUGAUACAUCUCCUAUAGAGGUUUUAAUAGGUGCAGAUAUUGCAGGAAAACUCUAUACCGAAAGAAUGUAUAGACUGUGGACUGGCAGCUGUAGAAAUCUUAUUGGGCUGGACUUUGAUGGGAAAAAUACCUUUAGAUCAACAAGACAAUCAUUCCAAGGACGAUAUGAAAUCAAACUGCCAUGGUUAGAAGGACAUCCGGCAUUACCAAGUAACUACCAGAUGGCUAAGAAAAGGCUGGAUGCCAUGUUGAAGAAGAUAAACAAAGAUGGAUAUCUUGAAGCCUACGGCCAAAUAUUUAAAGAAUGGCUGGAUGAAAAUAUAAUUGAGGAAGUGCUCGAGGAGCAGUCAAACCAAGAAGGUCAUUAUUUACCCCACAGGCCGGUAAUUAAGCCUAAUAGCGCGUCCACAAAAAUCAGGCCAGUUUUUGACGCAUCAGCAAAAGAAAAGGACAAACCUUCUUUAAACGAGUGCCUUGAAAAGGUGGUUAACUUAAUUGAAUUGAUUGCUGCUAUUUUAUUAAUAGCAUAG